AUUAUAAGUACGGAGUGAAAGCAAAAAGCAGAUACUGGGAUCGUUCGAUCCCAGUAUCUGUCCUUCCAUCCCUCCCUCCUUCAGCCACACAAUCAUUUAGAUCUGUUGCGUCCAAACGUUGAGGAUCACAGAGAGGUUUGGAGGUUGAAGAUGGGAGACGAUGGGGUGAAGAAUGAGGCGCUGCAGAUACUGGGAUCGUUCGAUCCUCUUCCCCGUUUGGUCGUCUUUGAUCUCGACUACACUCUCUGGCCCUUCUACUGUGAGUGUCGCUCCAAACGUGAAAUGCCUAAAUUAUAUCCUCAAGCUAAAGGUAUUUUAUAUGCUCUAAAGGAAAAGGGAGUUGAUGUUGCUAUUGCCUCAAGAUCACCCACUCCAGAUAUAGCCAACAUUUUCCUCGAAAAGCUCCAAAUCAAAUCAAUGUUUGUAGCACAGGAGGUGUUUUCCAGUUGGUCUCACAAGACAGAACAUUUUCAAAGAAUCCAGCAAAGAACAAGGGUGCCAUAUAACGAAAUGCUGUUUUUUGAUGACGAAAAUAGGAACAUAGAGGCUGUCUCUAAAAUGGGAGUGACAAGCAUAUUGGUGAGCAACGGAGUAAACAUAGCAGCUUUGAAGGAGGGACUCUCAAAGUUCUUGCAGAAUCUCGCGUCAUUAGAAAAAAACAAAGAGAGAUGGGCUAAGUUUCCACAAAAACCUAGUUCAUCACAAAGUGGCGGCGAAGAACAAUGAAGCGUAGCUUACACCACAUAGAUUUGGAGUAAUUCAGGGCCGAGUUCUGGCGUAAAGAAAGAUACGGAGUACAAUUCAAGCCGUGUUGAUACAUUGGUUCUGUUAAGUUACGUUACAAACAUGGGUGUAAGGUUUUAGGGUUUUGAAUAUGUUCUUCGAAUAUUUGCACGGCCUUUCCAUGGGUGAUGAUACCAUAAUGUAUUUGAUGAUAGUCUGAAUUUAUGGAAGAUGCAAACAUUCUUGUAUUAAUGAUGAUUUGUCACUAAUAUGAUUGUUGCUUUUGUGUUUUUUUAAUCACUAAAUGGUUCGUUCUUUU